CUGCGUUGUUUUGUGUACAUGCCGGCCAUUGUGUUUUUGAAAUUUGAGCGAUUAGUCUACUUGCGAAAAUAUAUUUCAGAUUUCAGCAUGGAUUUGGAUGAAGUGUUAAUAGAGGAAGUGCGCAAUUGCCCCCUUAUUUUUGAUGUCUCGCACAGAGACUAUAAAAAUUUAAGAAAAAAAGAAAUGACAUGGAAACAAAUUUCAACAAACACAAGGUUGAGCGAAACAGAAUGCAAAAAGAGAUGGAAGAGUCUCCGAGACUCUUACAAGCGAUGUAAACGCAUGGAGCAAGUCGCUUCCGGGAGUGGCCAACAAACUCCUCGGAGAAAAUGGCGUUAUCUGGAAGCAAUGUCAUUUAUGGAAAAAAUUCCAAAUUCAAGGCGUACUAUUAGCAGCAUAAGCGAAGAUUUCGAAAGUGUCCAAGACAAUAUAAUUAUAGAGCAUCUUCGGAUGGACGUGGACAAAAGAAAAAGAACGGGGAUGCGUUCGCAAAAUUCCUUGAAACGGCAGGCGCGAGCAUAUGCACAAUGAUUAACGAAUCACGAUCGCGUAAAACCAAUUCAACCGCACAACAUUUUGCAUCCUUGGCUACAAAAAUUUCGGAAGCCGGUCUUCCGCCAGAAAUGGUGACAAAUAUCGAGGCUGUUCGAGGAAAUCAGCAAUUUCUAUUUGGGGUAUUUGGGGUAGAUUAAUUGAAAAUGUGAUAUAUAGACUGAUGAUAGACUGAAAAUAUUUUUAGUUCAAUUUAUGUAGAAAAUUUUUUUUUUUAAGUAGUAAGCAAAA